UCUUCCGACAAUAGACAAGUCAAAUUAAAAUCUAUACAACUAUUACAUUUAAUAAAACAUAGGAAGUAAUCUAAUUCUUCAGUAAAUAAGUAACCAUAAAACAUCAAGAGAGAUUUUUUUUAGAAUACUAAAUAUGAUAAUCUAAUUUGGUAUUUAAUUAAAAGCAUUUAUUAGAUCUUACAAUUUAGAUUAUCAUAUAAGUCAAGGUAGAGCAUGCACAUAGUUGCAAACCUAGGAUUAAUGGCAGCGGCGACACUACCAACCAUAGAGAAGAGGGUUUUGACCCUUAAGUCCUCAGAUGGUGAUGAGUUUGAAUUGGAAGAAUCCAUCGCCAUUCAAUCAUUGAUGAUCAAGAAAAUGGUUGAAGAUGGAUGUGCCGUCGGCGUCAUCCCACUCUUCAACGUGGACACAGAAACCCUCACGAAGAUCAUUGAAUACCUCAAGAUGCAUCAGUUGACAUCAAACCAAGAAGAAAUAAAGAAUUACGACAAGGAAAUGGUGCGUACUAAUUUGAAAACCCUCUUUAACUUCUUAUCGGCUGCGAAUUUCCUUGACAUCAUGGGUUUGCUAGAUUUAUGCUCCAAGGCGGUGGCUGAUAGGAUCAAGCAUAAGUCGAUUGAGGCUGUUCAAGAGAUGUUCAAUAUCACCAGUGAUUUCACCCCAGAGGAAGAAGCUGCGAUCCGAAAUGAGAACCCUCACGCUUUCGAAGGGGAUUUUGACCACUCGCUUGACUAAGUCAUAAUUGAUGUCAUACUAUUUUUUGUUUAGAAAAGUGCUCCUUUUUUAUUUCUCUUUCGAGCAAAGGCCCGGUAACUAAUAGGUUAUGGUAUGAGUUGACGCUUGUAAAAAAAAUAAAAAGGGACAAAUUUUAAGGGUCAUAUGUGUGUUCAGCAUGUUCUAUAUGUUUGUUUCUCCAUAUUAUAUCUCUGACGUUAUUCAAUUUUAUUUUAAUUGGAUGUGUUUGAAUGUUAUUGAUAAGUAUGCUCAUAAGAGGUUCUAAUCAGUUAGUUAGCUAAAAA